AUGCACUGGCCCAGUUCGCCCACGCGACCAUUGGACUCACUCGAUGGCGUGGAAGAAAACCAGAAGGCCCGUGCGGCGGCCUUGUACCACCCGCUAUCUUCGCCGCUCUCAAACAAGGCUGGAACUCGAGAAGAGAAGAAGCGCACCGAGAUGAUUAAGGCACGAGACCAGCUCCGACAGCAGCGGCUCUUGCUCGGGCGCGAGCGGACAAGCGAGAGAGAGAGCUACGCGCAGCAAAUGGAGCUUUUGCGCCUUCAGGCAGCCGCUUUGGACAUGGAUCCCGAUGACUGGGACCGAGAGACAGAGCAAGUUGAGGCGGACUUGGACGAGGCGUACGAGGCCGAGUUGGAGGAAUACAUAUUGCAGGAGGAGCUCGAGUUGGAGCAGCAGCUCCGGGAGUUGCAGUUGAACGAGACGGCCAAGGGCGAUUAG